ACCGUCCCCGGGAGCCCCCCCCCCCCAGCCGAGACGCCGGGAUCGCGGGGGCCGGCGGGGAAGAUGCUGGGCAUGUACGUGCCGGACAGGUUCUCCCUCAAGUCCUCCACCGUUCGGGACGGGAUGGGGCUCUAUACCGCCCGCAGAGUCACCAAGGGUGAAAAAUUUGGCCCUUUUGCUGGGGAGAAGCGAAUGCCUCAAGAGCUGGAUGACGCAGUGGACUGCAGGUUGAUGUGGGAGGUUCGUGGGAAUAAAGGGGAAGUCCUGUAUGUUUUGGACGCCAGCAACCCCCGACAUUCCAACUGGUUGCGCUUUGUCCAUGAAGCCCCAUCCCAGGAGCAGAAGAACCUGGCUGCCAUUCAGGAAGGAGAAAACAUUUUCUAUCUAGCAAUUGAGGAUAUAGAGACGGAUACAGAGCUUCUGAUUGGCUACCUGGACAGUGACAUGGAGGAAGAAGAAGAGGAAGAGGAGGAAGAAGUCAUAGUGACCAAGGAAGAUGAGGAUAACACUACUAAAGACCCUCCACUAACUGGGGAAAAAGCAGAUUCUGUUAGCACCAAACAGGACUAUGCGUGUCCUCUCUGUGCAUCAGGUUUUUCCAGCCAAGAAAUUCUUUCAGAGCACCUGCAGACUCUCCACCAGAAGCCCAGUGAAGAGAAGGAAUUCAAGUGCAGGAACUGUGGGAAGAAAUUCCCAGUGAAGCAAGCGUUGCAAAGGCAUGUCCUUCAGUGCACAGACAGCAUCAACCUUGGGGAGUCUUCAAGAAGCUAUCAGUGUUCUGUUUGCAAUUCUGCCUUCAGCUCUGAAUCGAGCUUUGAGCAGCACAAAGAGGCAUGCAGAGGCGAUGCCAGAUUCAUAUGCAAGGCAGAGAGCUGUGGGAAGCGGUUCAGGAGUAAGGAUGCCCUGAAGAAGCACAAAGAGAAUGUUCACACCGGAAGCAUUAGGAAAAAGCUUAUGUGUGCAGUGUGCAAUAAGAAGUGUUCAUCAGCAUCCAAUCUACAAGAGCAUCGUAAGAUUCAUGAGAUCUUUGAGUGUCAAGAAUGUGACAAGAAAUUCAUUUCAGCUAAUCAGCUAAAGAGGCACAUGAUAACCCAUUCAGAAAAGCGCCCCUACAUCUGUGAGGUUUGCAAUAAGUCCUUCAAACGACUCGAUCAAGUGACUGCACACAAAAUAAUACACAGUGAAGAUAAACCCUAUAAAUGCAGGCUUUGUGGAAAGGGAUUUGCCCACAGAAAUGUUUACAAGAAUCACAAGAAGGUGCAGCACGGGCAGCAGCAGUGCAAGCUUUCCCCUACCGCCCCACCAAUGUGCCUCAGUUCUGUUCUGGAGGGUCCACCUCUAAAGACUCACUCUGAAGAAAGACCAUUCCAGUGUGAGGAAUGUAAAGCUUUGUUCCGAACCCCAUUUUCUUUGCAGAGACACCUGCUAAUACAUAACAGUGAGCGAACUUUCAAGUGUGACCACUGCGAUGCCACCUUCAAAAGGAAGGACACUUUAAAUGUCCACAUCCAGGUGGUCCACGAUGGACAUAAGAAGUACAAAUGCGAUCUGUGUGACAAAGCAUUUGUGACACCUUCAGUGCUUAAAAGCCAUAAAAAAACACACACGGGAGAAAAGGAGAAAAUAUGCCCAUAUUGUGGGCAGAAGUUUGCAAGCAACGGAACACUACGAGUUCACAUCCGCAGCCAUACAGGCGAGCGUCCCUACCAGUGCCCUUACUGUGACAAAGCUUUCAGCAAAAAUGAUGGUUUGAAGAUGCACAUUCGGACCCACACUAGGGAGAAACCCUAUCAGUGUUCUGAAUGCAACAAGGCCUUCAGCCAGAAGCGCGGCCUGGAUGAGCACAUGAGGACACACACAGGAGAGAAGCCGUUCCAGUGUGACGUUUGCGAUCUGUCCUUCAGCCUGAAGAAAAUGCUGAUCCGGCACAAGCUGACUCACAAUCCCAAUCGUCCUAUGGCCGAAUGCCAGCUGUGCCACAAGAAGUUUACAAGGAAUGACUACCUCAAAGUGCAUAUGGAAAAUGUCCAUGGAGAAACUGACAGCUAGCAGUGGCUGCUGACACAAUUUUAUCCCACGCAGAAGGCCUCCAUUUCCUCUUCCAGCAUGAGUACGAGACACUCCUCACCUGACGGGUAUAGGGGAGACAGGGAAAACCAGUGUCUUGGGUCAUGGCUCCUGGGGUCAUCUUAGAACCUGCAGAGGCUGGUAAAUUAGAAACAUAUUCGAUUACAGGAUUUAGGAUCUCUGCGAGGCCUAGUGGGAUGGGAGAGAUGCCCCUUUCUUUUUACUCUAAGCCUGGGGCCAUCUUGUUGCCCAGAGUUUUUGGGCUCCUCCUUCCUUAUGUUGCUGAGACUCAGCUGGGUAGCCCAGUUUUGGUCUCUGGGCUGAUUACUACCUAAAACUGGUUAGUCUGAAGUGGAUCAAGAUGCCAAACUGGCUUUUCAGCAGCAGCUAAGGUAACAGCGGGAGGUCUCCAGAGCCUCAAGCACCUUAGCAAAAGGAGGCUGGUUUCCAUUGUCAAUAGCAGACCAAAAGCAUAAGCCUCAAGCAAUUUGCAACAUUUAAUUACCACAUUUGAGAACUCUAAUGGUAGUUGACAGGGCAGUUAAAUAUCUUUCCUAAGCAGCUGAAGAAAUUGUGAUGGCCCUAUUAAGAAAUAUAUUUCAGCUCUGGAAAAAACAUAGGGAAACAUCCCUCCCGAUAAGAAGCCUUUGAUGUUACUUAGUACUGGGAUGAGCAGAAAAUGCUAGGGGAAAUGAAAUCCUCAUAUAAAAUAAUCGCAUGCGGCCCAGACUGAUUAAGAUUACAUUAAGGGCUAGUUAUCGCUCAAAAAAUUGAUAGUGUAUCCAAAUAGACCAGAAAAUGUCAUGCAUAACUGAAAUGACACUUAAUGGUGUAUGUAUUCAUUGGUUUCUCCGGAAAAUCUUGAGCUGGCACAGAGACUUUUAACCUUGACCGAUACCUUCCGUCUGUUGAAAUUGAAUGGAAUCAGUGAGGCCCUGAUUAGGAGAACUUCUCCUCGAGCUAAGCUGCUACACCUAUAGACGAGAGAUCUGCUUGGGUGGUGAGUGUGAUUCUGAAGGCAGAUGGGAUUUGUGGUCACUUCAGUGAUCUGGGUUCUGAGCAUUAUAGGACAGCCUGGGAGAUGGUCCUUGAAUAAAAG